ACUGUGAUAAUCGCUCCUCCGCCUGCACCGUGGGCAUUUCGGUACAGGCGGAUGAACGGACAGGGUGAUUUACAGCUGGAGGAUUUACGGAUUAUUAUUCAUGUUUGAAUAACCUGUAACUUAUUGUCGCCAGCAAGUACGGAGUCACCACACCGAGCCAUGGCCCCGUUUACAAGACGGGUCCCCGGGCUUCACUGAGGGAUGUGCCGGUACCAAGGCAGCAUAUAGGGGACAGUGUCACCGAAGCCUGCGCUGUCGCUUUUGGGACCUAUUUCUCUGAGUUUGGUGGAGUUGAUAAACUCAGUGUUAUUCUUUACCUGUCUGUUUGGAAUAUGUUGCAACUGAAGUAUAUUUGGUUGACUUGAAAACUGAUAGAAAACAGUGAUUGUCAGAGCUCUGUUUAACAUACCUGCUCAGUGGGAAAUCGUUUGGACUUGUACUUUAGUUCUUGAAUAGUUCAGCCAUCCUGUUCACGUGCUGUUCCCAUUAUUUUGUCCAGCAGCUGCAGUUCCGCUGCUGACUGUUUGUACUCAGUGUGAGUAUCAGUGUGGGUUAUUCACAGUGCUGCUAUGCAGACUGACUGGAGCCAUGAUCACACAGCCCCACUGUAACUCUGAUUCUGAGGCACAGGCCUGGAUUUCUUAAACAGAAAAAAAAACUUAAGCGUUGAGGAAAAGUGAGUCUCAAUCCAGUGGGACAACUUGUGCAGAAGAGCAGAUGUUACACAGCUUUGUGUAUUCAUGUGGAUUAUUCAUGAUGCUGCUAUGCAGACAGAGUGGAGCCUUAGUAAACCUGUUGGUAAUGUUAAAGUAAUACUCGACUCUGCCACCCUCUAAUUGCAGUUGAACAGCUAAUGUUACACUGUUGGCAGCUGAAGAUCUGGCUAUAAGGUUGGAUGUUUGCUUGGGACCAAACAUUGUGUCUAUAACAGAACGGUGUUUGACUUAGUAAUGCUUUCACUAAUUCCUACAGAAGGUGAACUUUCACAAAGAUGACACACACUUUUAUAUGUUGAGUAAAAAUUUCGGAAUUGAAAGAUUUAGUUUGACUGAAGUUUAUACAAGUAGUUCAGUUUCACUUCCAUUUUGCAGCCAAGAGUAGAUUGGUGGUGUAAGUUAAUUUCAGUUUACCUGGUUAGUUACAGUAAUUGUUGAACAAUGAAGAAUCCCCAUCAGCUGAGUAACACAUGGAAGCGAUCCCCUAACAAAGAUCCAGCACUGAUGCCUAUGUCUUGCACAAACAAGAAGUUCAAGAGGAAGUCUAGGGAGCCUAAAAGACUUUUCAGCAGCCCUGAGCCUGAGAGGAGGGAGACCUACCAAGGGGACAUGUCGGAUGAGGACUUAGUAGAUGACACCAAAACAGAGGCAUGUAAUGUCGGCACGUUGGCUCCAUUGCAGAGACAGCUGAUGAUGUCUCAGGAGGCAACAGCAAGCACUACAGGAAUUCUGUCAGGACUUCCAGGGGGCAACAUGGCUCCAGCGCAGGGUGGUGCUAUAGACAUGAGAAUUGGUAUCAGCAUGCCAGACAUCACCUCUAAACUGUCCCAGUUACCUUCCCCUCCAUUCUCUAACCAAGAGAUCUCCCACUGGCCCACUGUCAUCUCACAGCCUCUGUCCAACAGACUUAAACUGGGCCUUUGCUCUACUUUCCCUCUGUCAAUGUCAACAAGCUGCAGCCACAGCCAUUCACCUAGUCACCAGGCUUCCCCCCCGGAGCCCUCUCUGUCAGGCUAUGCUUCAGCUCUGCCUGGCCCAAGGAUUUUCCAGACCUCAUUGUGUCAAGAACAUGUGGAGCCCCAGGUGGAGUCACCUAAGGAGUCUCCCAGGAAGGGCGCUGAACUGAGUUCUGAUGGACCUCGGUGUUUUCCAGAGGUUAAAGCGAUCCAGCAGACCAGGAGGCUUCUAGCGAAUGCCAGGGAGCGGACCCGUGUCCAUACCAUCAGCGCUGCAUUCGAAGCCUUGAGGAAGCAGGUGCCAUGUUACUCCUAUGGGCAGAAGCUAUCCAAGCUGGCUAUAUUGCGUAUUGCCUGCAACUACAUCCUGUCUCUGGCUCAGUUGACUGAACUGGACUACAGUUCAGACCACAGCAGUCUGAGCUUCUCUCAGUGUGUCGAGCAGUGUACCAGGACCCUGCAAGCCGAGGGAAGGAGCAAGAAGAGGAAAGUUGGCAGGAUGCCAGAGGAUUUGUGAUGUUUUGAGAUUCCCGUUACCAGAAUCUUCUCGCCGCUGAGGAUUGUGUCACUGCAUCACACAACAAGCCUCGGCUCAACUGAUCUGUUGUACUAGGCUUAACAUAUUAGUAUGCAAGAGUAAAAAGGCCUUUUCCAUGGUGAACAACAAUAGCAUUCACUACAGUGAUGUAGAAAAGGAACCACAAGUAUAUUAACUGCUAAAUGUGAUACAAUUUCUUGCCUUUAUUAUAAUAUAGAGGUGUACGCAUUGUAAAUUAAAAAAUACAGUUCAUUACUACUUAUCUAAUAAAAUAUAUAACUUCACUAUUACUUCCCAAUAAAUAAGUUAAAGUUGACUGUUUACAUAAAGCUACACUUUGUACACUGAAUGUUUUGAUGUGUAUCAAAUGUUUUCGUUCCUGUAUUGUAUACUACUUUAAUAAAUACUAGUUAGUGUCUUGGUUCCUGAU